AUGCUACAGCGCACAAAAGCUGCGCUGGCGCUGGCCCUGAUAUGGCUCGUGCUUGCAGUCUACGGCAUUGGUCUCUACCUCUUCGAAGACUCGAUGUACGGACGGCUCCGGGUCCUGCUCGGCACCGCUACGAUGGGCACGCUCUUGCUCGUGGUCUCUGGUCUCGGGCUCUUGCACCUCCUAUGGACGCGCGCGAAGCCGUCGCUCGCGCUCUGCCUCAUGUUGCUGGUCGCUGACGUGGUCUUUUGCAGUGUCGUGCUCGGAGGUGCGCUGACGGCGCGCGGCAGCGCCAUGUACGCGAUCGAGAAGGCGCCAACGCUAACGACGUAUGCACACCGCGUGGAAGCCUACUUGGCCACCGCGCAGGGCUCGUAUGCCGAGAGCCUCUCGGCGCCCGGGGCCCCGCCCGUGCCGGCGUACGACGAGGCGUACCCGAACAUCGCCGCGUACUACUUUAACACGGCGUACUGCGACGCAGAAGGCAACGCCUACUGCAGAAAAUGGCCGCUCAACCAGACGCUUGUGCGCCACGGCCUCUGGGCCAACACCAGUGGCACGGCCGCCGUCACAAAAGCGCUUGCAACGCUGCCGACAACAUUGGCCAACGUGGCGAUCAACGCGACGACGACGAUCGACAGCUUUUGCGCGGCGGCCAAGACGGAGGCGCUCGACUCGGAAAUGAAAGCGAUUUGCCAAGGCUGUGCCAAGCUUCGCCGGUCGCCGCGCGAGCGAAAGGAAGAGCCCAAGUUGGCGACGUGGGUGCAUACGACGUGCCCGAUGACGGCGCCGAGCGCCGCAGGUAUCUUUUGCAUCUACUGGGCCACCUCGUGCAGCUCAUGCCUCUCCGACUGGCGCCGGACGACGCUGGAGCCAUCCCACGACGAAUGUUUCGGGUUCACACUCCAGACGACGAUACGCCAGUGGGCAGACGCGAUCGCGAUUACAUCUGGCCUCCUCCUCCUUAGCGCACUCUGGCUUGGCGUCUGCGUCUGGCGCUGGCGGCGCGCUGCGCAAAAGAGCGAGACCGUCGACCUAACGCCCGACAAUUGGCCGUCAACAGCGCGCUCUCGGUCCUUUUAGCACCACCAGACUAUAUUGCUCUUGUCGGUAAUCUAUCGCACGUGGUAAUUUCUGGG